UUUUUAUGAGGGGAGGAUUAGAAUCUCUGCAUUAUACUGUGGACGACAGUCAGUGCCAGACAGAAAGUAUCGCGUUCGUCAGUAAAAGAUAUCAAACGAGCUAACAAACUCUUCAGAGAAGAUUUCAAAGUGAACAAAGUUUCCAAUUCAGCACAACACCGCUAACAGCCGAAUAAUUGACAAACACACAGAGUCAAUAUGAUCAGCACCAUGGAGCUGAUCUGCGGUAUCGCAGCAGUGCUUCUUGCGAUGUACUAUUAUUUUUCCGCGAAAUUCAAUUACUGGAAAGAUCGUGGGGUACCAGGACCGAAACCUAUGGUACCAUUCGGAAAUUUCAUGGGUCAUACGCUGGGACAAAUGUCAUUAGUGGAGUACGCUAUGAAACUCUACCAGAAGUACAAAGAGGAGCCUAUGGUUGGCAUAUUUGUUAGACGGACACCUACUCUUGUCGUUAACGACGCGGAGCUUGUCAAAGACGUUCUCAUCAAGGACUUUCCUAUGUUCGCGAAUCGAGGAUUCUUGGAAAAUAAAGUGGCGGAUCCGUUGGACCAACAUCUCUUCGUCAUGGAUGCUUCAUCAUGGCGACCGCUGAGGACCCAACUUUCGCCGGUGUUUACCUCUGGCAAACUUAAGGGAACCUUUUCCCUCAUUCUCGACUGUGCUAAACAGCUGGAUGAAUAUCUGGACUACCUAGUAGCAAAACGAGAACCCGUCGAUGUCCGAGAGCUGGCUGCGAAAUUCGCCACCGACGUGAUCGGCAGCUGCGCGUUCGGGAUCGACAUGAACUCUCUAUCAGACGCUGAAAGCGAAUUUCGUAAAAUGGGCAAAGAAGUCUUCGCCAAAGAUUUAAAGGGGGUGCUGAGAUUCCGAGUCAAAGAAUGCAUACCAAAGCUGUUCGAUUUACUUGGUUACGUAUUGCCGUACAACGAAUUAACGAAGUUUUUUAUUAAGAUUACCAGUGAAACACUGGAAUACAGGGAGAAGAAUAACAUCGUUAGGCCCGAUUUUAUGAAUAUACUUCUGGAACUCAGAAGGCAUCCAGAAAAAGUUUCCGAUAUUGAAUUAACGGAAAUGGUACUUGCUGCCCAAGCGUUUGCCUUCUUUGCGGCUGGGUUCGAAACCUCCUCUGGCACCAUUAGCCACGCUCUAUACGAAUUGGCACUCAAUCAGGAUAUACAGGAGAAGUUGCGACAAGAAAUUAACGAAUAUCAUACGAAGUACAAUGGAGAUUGGAAAUUCGAGACCCUGAAGGAAAUGGUAUACUUAGACAAGAUUUUCCACGAAACGUUGAGGAAGUAUCCAGUUUUCGCCUUUUUAAUUAGAGAAGCAACGGGUGACUAUACAUUCCGAGGAACGAAAGUAUCCAUUACGAAGGGCACGAAAGUAUGGAUACCAAUAUACGGCUUUCAUUGGGAUCCAAACAUUUAUCCUGAGCCAGAGAAGUUCAUUCCUGAAAGGUUCGACGAGGACGUGAAAAAGACGAGGCACGCGAUGCAUUACUUACCCUUUGGCGAUGGUCCACGAAAUUGCAUCGGUGCACGUUUUGCAAUCUUUCAAUCGAAAGUUGGAAUUAUUACUAUUAUCCGUAAUUACAAGGUCGACGUUUGCGAGAAGACACCGAUCCCUUACGAAUAUCAUCCACUCGCGUUUGUAUUGGCUCCUAAAAAUGAUUUGUACUUAAAGCUGACCAAGGUCGAAAAGGAAAGACGAUACAGUAUGGCGGACUAUUACAUAAUAUUGGGCAGCCUCGCCAUAACAGUUGUGGCAUUUUGCUACUAUUGCAUUUCCAACUAUGAUUUCUGGAAAAAUCGUGGCAUACGCGGACCAAAGCCCACGAUUUUCUUCGGUAACGUCAAAGAUGUGACCAUGCAGAAAAUAGCCAUAAGCACUUUCGUGAAGAAACUGUACGACGAAUACAAACACGCGCAAGCGAUUGGAAUAUUUCAAGGGAGUACACCUACUCUCGUCGUCAAAGAUCUAGACCUAAUCAAGGACGUCCUUAUUCGAGACUUUCCUCUAUUCGCAAAUCGUGGAAUACCUACGUUCCCAAAGGUGGAACCGCUGUCAGAACAUCUCUUCCUGCUGAAAUCUGAAAGAUGGCGACCGUUGAGGGCAAAACUCUCGCCAGUAUUCACGAGCGGCAAACUGAAAGAUAUGUUUCCUCUCGUGGUGGAGUGCGCGAAUCAUUUGGAAGAAUAUCUGGACAAAUUGGCGAAAAACAAAGAACCCGUGGAAUGUCGCGAUUUGUCAGGAAAAUUCACAACCGACGUAAUCGGUAGCUGCGCUUUCGGUAUCGAGAUGAGCUCGUUUAAGAACGAAGACAACGAAUUUCGUAAAAUGGGCAAACAAAUCUUCCUGCCUUCUACUAGAACAUCGCUUAGGAAUGCCUGUAAACAGAUUGCACCGUUCUUGUAUAGUAUUUUUGGUGGUGUAUUGCAACCACCAGGCAUUGACGAAUUCUUCACAAAUGCGAUCGUUGACGCGAUAAAGUAUAGGAUGAAACACAACGUGGUUCGACCCGAUUUUGUCAACACGCUGAUGGAACUUAAGCAACACCCACAUAAAAUAGAAAACAUUGAAUUGACCGACUCGCUGCUCGCGUCGCAAGCGUUCGUCUUCUUCGUAGCUGGAUUCGAGACUUCCUCGACGACGAUAAGUUUUGCGCUGUACGAAUUAGCCCAAAAUCAAGAAAUACAGGACAAAUUACGAGCAGAAAUCAGGGAGACGUGUCAGGAGGGGGUAACGUACGAAAAAGUGAAACGGAUGAAAUAUUUAGACGCAGUGUUCCAAGAGACGUUAAGAAAGUACCCCGUACUGUCGGUACUAGAGAGACAAGUAUCCGAAGAUUACACAUUCAAAGGCACAAAAAUCACCAUUCCAAAAGAUACGAUAGUUUGGAUACCGGUACAUGGAAUUCAUCAUGACCCUCAAAUUUAUCCAGACCCUGAGAUUUUUAACCCUGAGAGGUUUACCGAUGAUGCUGUCGCUUCCAGACAUCCUAUGAGUUAUCUACCCUUCGGUGACGGACCAAGGAACUGUAUAGGUGCCCGUUUCGCGCAUUACCAAAGCAAAGUUGGACUCAUUACGAUUCUUCGAAACCACAAAGUCGACGUUUGCGAAAAGACAACGAUUCCGUUCAAAGCUAUGAAAGAGUCGUUCCUGUUGGCACUCGAAGGAGGCGUGUAUUUGUCUAUCACGAAAGCAGAAUGACUUUUAUAAAUUUUAUUUUCAAUGCAUAUAUGUUUACGAAAAUUAAAAUAUACUAUCACAGGUAACGAGAUUAAAAACAACAUUGCAAUGAAACAUCGACUAUCGAAGUCUGUGUAAAUAUUAAAGAAAUAUUCAUGAUUUUGUGUACACGUAUAUAUUUAAGAACGAAAGCGUUAGUUACAGAGCGUUUGUGAAAUAGAAACAGACGCCAUCUUUUAAACUGAAUGUAUAACUUUAUAAUUUUGUAAUAAAACCAGCAUAUCUUUGUGUAGUACAACA